AACUCUGAUACCUACCGUAGCCUUGGGUUAAAUACCAUGAAAGCUAGAGUGAAGUUGUUGGAGAAUGCUGCGAAAAGCGUCGGACAAUUUAAUACCAUUUGUAGUUUCGAAUACUUCUGAGAGUAGACUUUAAUCGUAUCUAAUUUUCUCAUAGAGGCACGAUCGGUCGAAGUUUAGGUGAUCUGCCGCGUACUGGAGCUGGAAGCUUGAGUUGGCACUUUUAAACUCAAGUGCCAGCCAAACUCCAGAGUCAGGCUGCCCCUCUAUCGAUCGCCCCCUUAUCUGGCCAACUUACACAACGACCCUGGGGAAACAACCAAUCGUGACAUCUCGCCUGCGCUCCUCAGGCUACUGCAACGACCGAGAUGGCUACAUCAGCUAUGUGGGAGGUCGAUCCCGAGACAAAGUCGAAGCUCCUAGCCAUCCAGAAAACGAACAACAAUAACAACUGCUGCGAUUGUAAUGCCCCGAACCCGCAAUGGGCGUCCCCAAAAUUUGGCGUCUUCAUCUGCCUCUCGUGCGCUGGAGUUCACCGUGGUCUCGGGGUCCACAUCUCCUUCGUCCGGUCUGUUACCAUGGACGCCUUCAAAAACGCCGAGAUCGAGCGUAUGCGCUUGGGCGGUAACUCGGGGUGGCGUGAGUUCUUCGAAAACCACGAGGACACCAAGAUGAUGGGCAUGUCCUGGGACGACGCGACCAUCGCCGAACGAUACAGCGGUGAGGUGGGCGAGGAGUGGAAGGAAAGACUCAGCGCCAAGGUCGAGGGACGUGAGUACGUCCCCGGUGAGAAGAAGAGCGCGUCGGCGCCAGCAAAUAAGGCGGCGCAACCGAGGCAAGCCAGUAGGACUGGAACGCCGCUGCAGGGCGUGGCGACAAGUGGGAGCCGAACUGCGAGCCCGAGCCGACCGGGAGUGAAAGCCAAGGUCGACGAUAAGUAUUUCGCCGGCCUUGGUGCCGCCAAUGCCUCGAGACCGGCCGACCUGCCGCCGAAUCAAGGUGGAAAAUAUGCUGGCUUUGGCAACUCGCCCAUGCCAACGCAGAACCAGAGCCAGGGAGGCCCCAAUCUUCAAGAGUUACAGGCCGAUCCUAUAGCAGCGUUGAGCAAGGGCUUUGGCUGGUUCACUAAGACUGUUACACAGACAGCAAAGACUGUUAAUAGUGACUUUAUACAACCUACUGCGAAGCAGAUCGCGGAAUCAGAUUUUGCUGCACAGGCGAAAGUGGCAGCCGCAAAUGCGGGUAGAGUAGCACAACAGGGCGCCAAGAAUGCCCAAGAAGGUCUUAAUCGCUUUGUAGAGGGAUCCGACGGCCAGAGGCAGCGCGGUGGCACCAACAUGGAUGAAAGCAAGAAAUCAUUCUGGGACGACUUCUCAUCUGUUGCAGAUCAGAGGCAUGGGACAGGCCCCAAGUAUAGCUCAAUUGGUACUUCUGCUAUGGGCAAGACAAACAAGGGAGCUGGCGGGCCUGCAGGUGGCAAGAAGGACGACGAGUGGGAUGAUUGGUGAACAGGACGAAUCUUGAGCCAGGUUCGACGUGGAGUAUCUCAAUAUUAGAGCUGGAAUGCGCCAUAUGAACAUAGACGAUGCAUGUAUGACUAGAGGAGUCCUUGGAUAGCGAAUACAUGAAUUGCCGCUUGCGGCUUUGCCAUAUCAUUACGCAGAAGCUGCCUGCAUCAGAUUGGUCCCAGCUUCAUCUGAUGCUGAUGACAUGUCGCAACGACGAGGAAACCAGCUGUGACUAUGGAUCGACCCUAGUCUCAUUUGUCCUUCGACAGAGGGAGGAGGGAAGGGGGUUGACGAUGAUGAGGGGCAUCACGUGCACCAGGAACCCGAGGUCAAAUGGAGCCG